AUGUCGAUGUUGUCAAUGCCAUUACCGCCGCCGUCGCCCUUUCAGAACAGCAAUCACGAAGAGAACAGCUCUUUGCAUGACUGCAAUGAGGGUCAACCCAUUGACGAGUGUUGUUAUGAAAUUAGCGAUAAUUUUAAGGACAAACACAUAUCCAGUGAACAAUUGAUCGAACGUUUAGAAAGUUUGCAAACGAAAAAUGAAACAAAUGGUGAGACAAUAGAAACAAGUGAUGGCCAUAAAGAAAGGGAAAGCGAAACCACUUCUCGAUUGGUUGUGUCCGAUGAGGAGUCACUCGACAAAGAAAUUGAGGUAACUUUGCAGUCGUUAAAUGACGAGUUGGAUCGACUCGAUUCAGUCGAUCACAUCGAGAGCCAACUGUCGGCCGACGAACACUCAUUGCAUUCCCAUCGCAUUGAUCUGAACAAUGGUUUGCAAACUAAUGAUUCAGACAAUGCUAACGAUUGUAAUAACAGUGUUGUCAGAGAGACAAAGGAUGCGAUAAACAAUGCGACAAAGAAUAUCUCAGUUGUGGUAAAACAAAUAACUGGCAAUAAUAGUGAUGUCGAGGCAACCAAAAGCCAAUUGGAAAGCAGACAAUCGCCGGCGCCGUCGCCAACGCCAAGAGUUAUAUCACUCGACAAUAAAAGUAAAUCAAUUUUGAGUGACAAAAGUGAUGCAGAACUCAAAGUUAGCGCAAACGGCAAAACCACAGUUUUCAUCAAUAAGAGUCAAACAAGUGUAACGCCGCCGCCUUUCUCUUCAUUGCCGUCGUCUUCUGCCUCUUCUUCUAUAUCUAUGUCUCCGAGUCCUACAAACGAAGACAAGCUGUCGAUCACCGACGAAGUGAGACAGUCCUGUCGGCCGCGCGUAAGGCUUACAAACUUUUCAAUUGGUUCCUAUAAGAAAGAAGUGGACAUUUUUGAGGACACCCAUAAAAUCUCGAGAUCAGGCGCACCCACGACCGCACCUCCACUCAAAUCUGGCUCGAAGUCAAUCGUGACGUUCCCCUCUGCGAAGAAAGAAGAAAAAAUGAGGCCUUCUAUCAAUCAAAACAAAUCAAAGGUUAGCAUAACAUCCACUUCGACCACAGUUUCCACCCCAGCUGUUCCCAAGCCAUCCACACCUGUAAUACAAACGCUUAUUACAAGUGCACCAAAAAUCAGUCGAAUUCAGUCAUGGAGUGGACAGAAAAAUGUCGUUUUUGAUGAUAAAAAUAUCAAACAACCCCUUAAGACAACUGAACGGUAUGUCUCGCAGAUAGCCAUCAAUAAAGACGUGAGUGUGAGCCCAACGCCAAGUAAAAAGUCGAAUGAAGACUUACGAUCGCCUCAACUGGUCGUCCAAUCGUUGAUUGCGAAAACAGAGGGCCGACUAAAUAACAGGUCUCCGUCUCCUAAACUAAUGCCACCGAAAGCCGAACCAAUGAAUGAAUCCAAAGUGGAGCCAAUGAAAGAGCGAACGACUAUUUCCAUAAAACCCGGUUCACAGUCUGUCAUUCGUGGUGUCAAUACGAAAAUAUUUCACACAAAGGGCUGGAAUAGUGUUAAAGCCGUCGGAAGCGGUGAAGUGCCAAAAGUAAAACACGUGGAUCCGCCCAAUCAGGCCAAUGUCAGGGAUCAACUGCUCAAUGAUAUUAAAAAUUUCGGUGGAAAAAACACACUUAAAAAGGUAUCGAAAAACACUUCGUGGAAACUGGAGGUGAAUACUGUCAAAACGUAGCGACAAAAACACACUUUUACUUCCCGUUAAUUUUUAAUCGUUUAGUUUUUAAUAUUUCUAAAUAAC